GGCCACUUACCGUUGAUCUGUUGUUAUUGGUUAUUUUGUUGCUACGGCUGUUAUACGGCAGGUAAUACAGACAAUUGAUGAAUGAUAUAAGAUUGCAGUUUUUACAUUUUUUUGUGAAAUUAUUCGUAAAGAUGGCAUUGAUUCAGAAUCUGUGGUUCUGUUUCUGCUGACCAUAUUUUUUAAUUUUAGAUUAGAAAGAAUGACUUUAUUUACAUUCACUCUGUUAUUCCUUCAAGUUGUGUAUGCUUCAAGUGGGAACAAAGAAAGUCAGUAUUCAACAUCAUGGAGUGAGGACUUUGUAGUAUGGUGGAACUAUGCCAAAUUUCCUAUUGCUGCAUUUGUUUUUGGUUCUUCAAUGCUAACAUGGCUUUUUAUUUACCAAAACAAGCACAGAUUCCAGCUCAUUGAAGAUGCAAAAGAGGAAAAGGAGGCAUGCAUAAAAGUAUUUUAUGGGACUCAGACAGGAAAUGCAAAGUAUUUUGCUGAACAAUUUAAAGAGCAUGCUUCAAGAAAGGGUGUUACUGUUAAUAUUUUCAACAUGAAAGAUUGUGAGCCUGAAGAUACAUUAACUGAAGAGAUUGAUAGUAAGAACUUAUGUGUGUUCAUUGUGUCGACAUAUACAGAAGGUGAACCACCUGAAGGUGCAGCCUGGUUUUGCAAGUUUCUACGUGAAGCAAGUGAUGAUUUCAGAGUGCAGAAAUCCAUGUUGUCAGGAUUACGGUACACUGUGUUUGGUCUGGGAAAUUCUGUGUAUGAAGAUCAUUACAAUACCGUUGCUAUUAAUCUUGACAAUUGGCUUCAUAAAUUAUCUGCAAGCAAAGUCUUUCCAAUUGCAUUGGGAGAUGAUAAUGUAUCACGCAAAGGAACAAGUAAUCUUAGUGAUGAUUUCAAGUCUUGGAUGUGUACCUUGCUUCAGAAGUUUCAAGACAACUCUCUUUGCAUUGUUAAAAAAGUUGAAAGUGGAAUUGCGAAUGGAAGUGGAAAUGGCAUGGUAAAUGAGGAUGAAAAAGUUGCUGAAAGAGAAGAAAAAAAUAUACUUUUAGAAAAUACAAAAAAAUAUGAAUCAGAAAGUGAAGAUGAAAAUAGUGGAAGUUGUAAAUCGUCAAACAAAGCAGAAGAAGGCAUUGUCGAUGUUGAAGAUAUAGGAAACAUGAUGAAUGAAUUUAAAAAAACAGAUGACACCUACGAUGAGGGCUUUGUAGGAGAGAAAACUGUUCCUGCAAGUAGAGAAAUGGUGACACCCUUGUUGAAAAAAUCAUUAGAGAAACAAGGUUACAAACUAAUUGGAAGUCAUUCCGGAGUUAAAAUUUGUCGGUGGACGAAGUCAAUGAUGCGUGGUCGUGGUGGAUGUUACAAACAUACGUUUUAUGGGAUUGAGAGUCACCGAUGUAUGGAGUCGACACCAAGUUUAGCAUGUGCAAACAAAUGCGUGUUUUGCUGGAGACAUCACACGAAUCCAGUGGGAACGGAAUGGAAAUGGAAAAUGGAUCCACCAGAAGUAAUCGUGCAAGGAGCUCUAGAAAAUCAUUAUAAGAUGGUCAAACAAUUCCGAGGAGUACCUGGUGUGAAACCAGAACGCUUUGCAGAAGCAAUGAAUGUACAGCACUGUGCGUUAUCUUUAGUAGGUGAACCUAUCAUGUAUCCUGAAAUCAAUACAUUGAUAGAUUUACUUCACAGUAAGAAAAUAUCCACCUUCCUCGUAACGAAUGCUCAGUUUCCCGACGCCAUCAGAACGUUAAAACCAGUCACGCAACUGUAUGUUAGCGUAGACGCGGGUACGAAAGACAGCUUGAAGAAAAUUGACCGACCAUUGUUUAAAGAUUUCUGGCAGAGAUUUUUAGAUAGUCUCACAGCUUUAUCGGAUAAAGGUCAGAGAACGGUAUAUCGACUGACUUUGGUGAAAGCUUUCAACGUUGAAGAAAUUGAAUCUUACGCCAAAUUGGUUGCGCUAGGGCAACCAGGAUUUAUCGAGAUCAAGGGUGUAACUUACUGUGGGGAAUCAAAGGCGUCGAGUUUGACGAUGGAAAACGUUCCGUGGCACGAAGAGGUUAUCGGUUUUGUCAAGCAACUGGCUGAAUCACUUCCAGAUUAUGAGUUAGCUUCUGAACAUGAGCAUUCUAACUGCGUGUUGUUAGCCCACAAACGCUUCAAGAUUGAUGGCAAGUGGUGGACAUGGAUUGAUUAUCCAAAAUAUCAUCAGCUGGUCCAAGAUUUCACAGAUUCAAACGGCAAGAAAACGUUUAAAGAUAUCGAUUACAUGGCUCCUACCCCAGAAUGGGCUGUGUUUGGUGACGAUCAUCGUGGUUUCGACCCUCAAGAGACGAGAUGGCAUCGAAAGAAGAAGAAAGACAUAUCAGGCUGUUAAAACAGACACGAAUGGUCUGUACUGCGCGGCUUAUGUAGUGACGCGUUUGCUCUUGGUGAAAAUAAUUAUUCAGGUCGAAAAAAAAAACUUCAAAUAAAGAAGUUAACACUUGACAUUUAAUAUUUGAAAACAAACAUCAAACAAUGUAAUUGUUGUUUCAGUAGAAGAAUCAAAGGUAUCUUUAACUUUCUCAUAUAUUAGAUGUAAUCUUCAGUUUUGCAAAAUAAACCACUGUAGCAAUUUUUAAGGCA